AUGGCAAGAAGACCAGCGAGGUGCUACCGCUACUGCAAGAAUAAGCCAUACCCCAAAUCACGAUUCAACCGUGGUGUGCCUGAUCCUAAAAUUCGAAUCUUCGACCUUGGUCGGAAGCGUGCCAAUGUUGACGAAUUUCCUCUUUGUGUGCACAUGGUUUCUAACGAGUAUGAACAACUGAGUUCUGAGGCCCUGGAAGCCGCUCGCAUUUGCGCCAACAAGUACCUAGUCAAAGUCGCUGGCAAAGAAGGAUUUCACCUCCGAGUCCGUGCUCACCCGUACCACGUUGUCCGAAUUAACAAGAUGUUGUCCUGUGCUGGAGCCGAUAGACUGCAAACUGGAAUGCGUGGUGCGUGGGGAAAGCCCAACGGGACUGUCGCUCGUGUCAAUAUUGGCCAAAUCCUUCUCUCGGUCCGCACUCGUGAUGCACACCGUGCUACCACUAUCGAAGCUCUCCGCCGAUCCAUGUACAAGUUUCCGGGCCGGCAGAAGAUUAUUGUCAGCAAGAACUGGGGCUUCACACCUUUGAAGCGGGAUGAGUAUGUCAAGUUGAAGCAGGAGGGUAGAGUGUUGAUUGAUGGUGCAUACGUUCAGUUCUUGAGGCACAAGGGCAAGGUCGAGGACAACAUGAAGAGAUUCCCGGGUGCGUACGAGACAGCUAGCGAAGCAUAG